AUGGCUCACUUAGAACGCUUUGAUGGUUGGGCGUCUAGACUCAAGAGUGACGAUAGCAGCGCCGCACACUUAGCUGCUGUUUCAGAAAUAUGCGAUAUCAUCGAUCCAAUAGGCUCGUCUACGGAGUACGAGCUUUUUCUCAAGGCAGUGGUCGCAGUGUUGAUGGAACGGUUGCAACAAACGCCAAUCUCGCUGGAUGGGAGCUCUGCACAGCAUAAACUCAGAAACUCCAUAUUAGAGGUUCUAAGCCGGUGCAACAUGAACGAAACUUUCGAACCUUAUGCGUUGGACAAUCUGGAUGCCGUGCUAACGGUUCUGCAAGAAGAUAACGAGGAAAACGGUGUCUUGGCAAUGAAGAUCAUCACCAGUUUUUUCAAAGCAUACAAAUCGGCUCUCCAGGAACGAGUCACCAGCUUUAUUGACGUGGUAAUGAACAUUUACAAGCACAUGCCUGAGCUCGUUGAGCAGACGUUCAACAGCGAAAACUCCACAGAAGAGCCGGGCUCAUCCGUAGAAUCUCUUGCGGCUCUUGACGUUGGCGACUUCGGGCUGGCAGAGGACGAUAAUCAAGCUUUUAAAAAUCUGGCUCUGUCGUCGAAGCCUCUAAAACGGUCAAUGUUUUCUUUCAAAGUCCUGUCAGAGUGCCCAAUUACGAUGGUGACAUUAUACUCUUCUUACAAGCAGCUUACUACUUCGUCGCUGCCCGAGUUCAUGCCUUUGGUUAUUGAACUACUCACCAUGGAAGCUGAUGCCCAGAAAAGAACCCGCGAGGAGUCAGAAGCGCGUGGUCAAAGAUGGAUUAAUGUAAGUCCCGGUAUUAAGAAUCGGUCGGCUUAUUGUGACUUUAUAUUAUCACAGAUAAAGGCCACUUCUUUUCUGGCUUACGUUUUCAUUCGAGGCUAUGCGGCGGAAUAUUUACAAAAAUACGUGGGCUUUGUCCCUGACCUAAUAUUGAGGCUACUGCAAGACUGCCCAGCCGAGCUCUCAGCAGCAAGGAAAGAACUGUUGCACGCAACGAGACAUAUUCUGUCCACAAAUUACAAAAAACUGUUUCUGUCUAAAAUUCAUCUUUUAUUUGACGAAGAAGUUCUGAUAGGAAACGGGUUUACCUCACACGAAACUCUUCGUCCACUAGCUUAUAGCACUGUGGCAGACUUUGUACACAAUGUGAGGGGCGAUUUGCAAUUAGAUGACAUCGAAAGGACAAUAAAAAUGUACACUACUUUCCUUUUGGACGAAAGCCUAGCAUUGACUGUGCAGAUCAUGAGUGCUAAAUUACUACUGAACUUAGUAGAACGAAUUCUCAAACUAGGAAAAGAAAACCCAAACGACUCGGUAAGAUCUAAAAAGCUGUUGAUUGUCAUAAUAGAUGCCUACACGGCGCGGUUUAGAAAUCUCAACCGUCAAUACGACAACUUAAUGAAACAUCACGAAGAAUACGAGAAGCAGAAAAUAGCAAAAACAGAAGCAUUCAGAGAAGAGUUGGAAAAGAAUAAUAAAGACACAGAAGAUUUCAUAAAUGCGAUGCUGAAGAUAAAGGAACCCUCUCAGAAGGUGGAAGAUCACGAUGGUGACAUCAAGAUGGAAGAAACUGAAGAGGAAGAAUCUAAAUUAGUAUCAGAUGCCACAGAAGGAACUGUCAGCCAACUUUCUAGCCUACCGAUCAGUGAAGAUACUAUUGAUGUUUUUGAUAUUAAAUUCAAAAGUCCAAUCUUGCUUUCACCACCCCCAAGUGGUGAUCCUUUGAAGGAUGCAUUUUAUCUUUACAGAACUUUAAUGUCCUUUUUAAAGACGAUCAUACACGACCUGAAGGUCUUUAACCCCCCGUCUACUGAGUAUACGACAAUGAACCCUAAGGUUUGGACUUCGCUAUCGCGAAUUUUCUCUCACGAGGAGGUGAUUGUUUUCAAAAAACUGUUCCAUGAAUGUAUACUGGGACUGCAAUUUUUCUCCAGUCCCGAACGAAAGGCUGCCGUUGAAAAAAAGCAUUUUGACAUUGCGACCCCGAGCUUACCAGUUUCUGCUACUAAAGAUGGCAGAGAGCUUAUGGACUACUUUGCCAUAAUGUUCAUGCAAAUCGACAGUCCAACCUUCAAUGAUAUUGUUGAGUCAAAGAUCGACUUUCUUUACGAGGCAAUGUUGCGAGAUUCAGCUCUUCUUCAUGUUGCGCAGUCAUUUCUUACAAGUGAGAUAACAUCACCUAAAUUCACUGGAAUAUUACUACGGUUUCUCAAACAGAAACUUGAAUCUUUGGGGAAUGUCGACGGCAACAAAUCCAACAUUCUCAUUCGUUUGUUCAAGUUAUCUUUCAUGUCAGUCAACCUCUUUCCAAUCACCAAUGAAAUUGUACUGCUUCCUCAUCUGAAUAAUCUCAUUCUUGAUUCUCUGAAAUAUUCCACCACCGCCGAAGAACCUCUCGUCUAUCUUUAUUUGAUCAGGACGCUUUUUAGGAGCAUAGGCGGUGGACGCUUUGAGAACCUAUAUCGAUCGAUAAAACCGAUUCUCCAAGUGCUUCUUCAAUCGUUGAAUAGAAUGAUUUUGACUGCUAGGCGGCCACACGAAAGAGACCUUUAUGUUGAACUAUGUCUUACUGUGCCUGUUCGGUUGAGCGUACUUGCACCCUACCUGACCUAUCUCAUGAAGCCACUGGUUUAUGCACUUCAAGGAUUUCCCGAGCUUGUCACACAAGGCCUUAGAACUUUAGAGCUCUGUAUCGACAAUCUAACUGCGGAAUACUUCGACCCUAUAAUUGAGCCUGUAGUGGAAGAUGCCAUCCGUUCUCUUUUCAAGCUCUUGAAGCCACAACCAUUCAAUCAUCAAAUAAGCCAUACCGCUGUUAGAAUUCUAGGAAAGCUCGGUGGUAGAAAUCGAAGAUUUUUAAAACAGCACUCCGAUCUAAAAAUUGCCGGAGAGCUGGACACACCGGUCAACGCGCUAUUCAAGAUACAUGGUAUGACCGGAGAAGUCCCGCUAUCGAUCACUCCGGGUGUUCGCUCAGCUCUCGACAUCCUAAAAGAUUACCGCUGCGAUAUUUUUUACAAAAAAAGUGCUUUUCGAUACUUGAAGUCGAUCUUGCAGUUGUUUCUCAAAUCUUCGCUCAAGUUCCCCGACAACUACGAACAAUGGAUCAGAAGCGCUCUCAAACUUUUAUCUCAGGAUGUUGUGGACCCUGUCGAAUCGACCGAUAUUAAUGAUGGCAAGGUUGAACAUAAGCAUCUUUUGGAAAGUCAGGAACUACUCUUGAUGAAGCUGUUAGAAUCCUUGAUCUUUUCUGCUUCUAUUCCAGAAUUGAAAGUGGAGGCGGAAGACUUACUCCAGAACAUAAUACGCCAUUUUUGCUUCUUGCAGCUGAACAACUCAGUGAAACAGAAGCGGGGAGAAAAUGCUGCUUUCAGUGUCAACGUGAAGCUACUCAAAGUAACAAUAGAUGCAAAUAUUACUCUUGACGCGAUACUGACAGGGCUAGGAUCCUACUUGGAGGAAUCCAGGAUAACAGCGGUUUCUGCGGUGAAAUUAAUCCUCGACACCAGCAAUACAAUCUACGGCGCAGACCUCGCCUUGAAGUACUCUUUCAUUCCGGUGCUCACCAAAAAAUUCAUUCAUAAAUGCUACCACGAAGCGUAUUUCGAGAAAAGUAGCGGGGUAUGGGGUAUCAAAACCCUGAUAGAAGAGCAAAGCAUUCCUGUUGAAUACCUUAAGAAGUAUCAAUUUGACAUGAUUGCUGGUCUGCUUUUCGUUUUGAUAGAUACCCCGAUGGAGGCUCCUGGAAUCAUACGUGAACGGGCCGGCAAUAUGAUCAUGAAGAUUUUAUCGAGCACCUGUCGAGACAUAAAAGAGGAUGAUAUCAGAGAAAAAGAUCUGCAAAACACACUUAUAGACAUCGUGUGCGAGCUCAGUAACGCCAAAGAAGUUGUGAGGAGUACUUGUCAGAAGGCUCUCUCCACGAUAUCGGAGGUGUCCGGAAUACCUAUUGUAAAACUGAUGGAGCAUUCCAAAAAUUUUCUACUUUCUCCCAUAUUCGCGAAGCCACUCAGAGCUCUGCCAUUUCCGAUGCAGAUCGGAAACGUGGAUGCCAUCAUUUACUGCUUACAACUUCCCGACACGUUUUUGGAAUUUAAUGAAGAGUUGUACAGACUUUUACAUGAGGCCAUAGCUUUGGUUGACGCGGAAGACGAGUCGCUUGCUAGUGCUCAACGGGUCACUGAAUAUCAAACGGCUGAACAACUCGUACAAUUACGGGUAGUAUGCAUAAGGUUGCUUUCUCUUGGUUUAAAAAACAGUGACUUCGCCUCUGCUCAACAAGGUGCGACAAGAAUCAGAGUUCUAGCCGUUUUUUUCAAGACAAUGUUGAAAACAUCGCCUGAGAUCAUCGAAGCAACUUAUCAAGGUUUGAAAAGUGUUCUUGCUGAAAACUCCAAGUUGCCAAAGGAGCUUCUACAAAAUGGGCUCAAGCCUAUGCUUAUGAACCUUUCGGAUCAUCAAAAGUUAACUGUCUCUGGACUUGAAGCUUUAGCAAAACUGCUAGAAUUACUGAUUGCAUAUUUCAAGGUUGAGAUAGGUAAGAAGCUGCUGGACCAUUUGGACGCUUGGUGCAGAGUGGAGGUGCUCGACAUGCUCUUUGGAAAAGAUCUUAAAGAACAAACCCCCACCAAAAUCAUUUAUGGAAUCAUCAAUAUCUUCCACCUUUUACCACCACAGGCUGACAUUUUUUUGAACGAUCUAUUAUUGAAAGUUAUGAUGGUGGAAAAGAAGCUGAGACUUCAACUAGACUCGCCAUUUCGCGUACCAAUGGCGAAGUACCUAAACAGGUUUCACUCAUCGGUCAUUUCCUAUUUCAAGAACAACUUAGGAUCGAGAGACUUGGUGUUAUUGAUGUGCUCAAUCAUACGAAGAAAAGAGGCCUUCGAGCUGAAAAAUGAUUUCAAAGUGGAGUUCCAUAAUUUUUACGAGUACUAUAUGAGUGGAAUAGCAUCAAACAAAGUCAGGGUUGUCAGCUUCUUCGCUAACGUGGUGGAGAUAUUCGACUCUCUGGUCGAAGUAGAAGGUGACGAUUGGCUAGCAGAAAGCGGCUCAACACUUACAAAGAUUAGAUCCAUGUUCAAGCUUGCUAUCGAUACCGUCGACGAGGGCGACUUUCACUUCGACUCUCUACAACUUUCGCAGGCUUCCGAGAAGUUUCAAAACUUGUACGCACGGUAUUUGACAUUGAAUGUCAAGAACCCAACGCUACUGUUUGAGUAUUUGAAUUUCGCUUUUACGGCAAAGAUCAAUCUCUCUCAAUCUAUAAUAGAGUUCAUCGAAAGGUGCGUGAUAACGACGCCUGAUAUUGAAAUCAAAAGGGUUUACCUCCAUCAGGCCGUGUUGUUUGCAACCAGUGACAGACUACUGGCAGCUAGCGUAUUUGUCCUGAAGCAUGUCGUUAAUAGCACGCUCGUGUACGAAGGCGCAUCCAAAGGAUCACUAACAAGACUCACAGGCCAACAAGGCCAGGCCUUACCAGAAUGGCUAAACUUGAUGUACUCCAAAAUCUGGAAAGGAUCCAAUGAGGUAUUGGAGAGUUUUGCCGCUGGUGACUAUGAUACCUUCAGAUUCGAACUUUUACAGCUGUCAUCGAUUUUCACUGAGUAUGCUCAAGAUCUUAACCCUGAAAUAAGAAAGGAUAUAAUAAGGUUCUGCUGGAACUUUAUAAAACUCGAGGAUCCGUUGCUCAAGCAAGCGGCUUAUAUGGUUACUGCCUACUUCAUUUCGAAGUACGAAUUUCCGGUCAAGAUUGUGACCCAGGUUUUUGUUGCACUCUUAAGAACCUCUCAACUUGAAUCCAGGUACAUGGUAAAGCAUUCGCUAGAUCUUCUGGCUCCAGUGAUGCAUGAUCGGAUGUCGUCGGCUGUUGCGCCUCGCUCUUGGAUCAACUGGGUUAGGAGGGUUCUUUCUGAAAACAAUGCAAGCCAAAACAGUACGUUAUACCAGCUCCUUAUCAGCCACCCUAAUGAAUUUUUCGACUCUAGAGAUCUGUUCAUUCCUAGCGUCAUAAAUUACAUUGGCAAAUUGACGCUGCUAGCCAAUCCAAGCAUAGAAAAUCAAUCUUUGGCUGUUGAUUUGGCAGAGCUUGUAUUGACAUGGGAGCAGAAAACCACGAAGUGUCGACUAAAAACUUUGACGUCGGAGGAACCAGAAGAAACUGAUGGAGAGGUAGGAAGCGCACAAAAUAUAAGUCCUGCUCAAAAAGAGGCAUUUGUGUCCUGUUUAAUAAGAUACGUCUGUGCCAGCACGCAUCGUGCAUUCGAGACUGAAUUGGGAUCUAGGUCCUUAAAGAUCCUCACAGAUAUAUUGACUGAAGAUUCAUGGCGGGAUGUGAAUAUCAAAUUGAGCUUUUUCGAGAAGUUUCUGGUUCAGCAGGAUUUAACUGCAUCUAACAUCUCCUUUUACUGUAUGAACGCGCUAGAUGUGUUAGCGAUUAUUCUUCGCAAAAAAACCUCAGCUUGGAUUCUUUCGAAUCUCACCCACCUUCAUGGACUUUUAGACAAAUGUAUGCGUACCGAUCAUCAUGACAUCCAAGAAGUUCUGCAAAAGGUGAUCGCGACGAUACUCUCUGCCGUAAAAUCUGAGGAAGAUCUUCAAGUGGAGAGCGAGAUCGAGUCACCAGGCAGGACAAUGGUGAGCACGUUGGUAUCGAUCAUCACAGAGGAUCUACAGGGAACAUCAUCUGUUGCAGCCGGUGUCAUGUUGGCUUGGACUUUGUUCAUGUCCUUUCAGCAACAAAUCGAUCCUCUUCUACCGUCUAUCAUGAAGACAUUCAGUAAACUUUGCAAGGAUCAUCUUGCGACUUCUCAGCCUAAAGAUCCUGCCGCGUUAGAGGAAUCUAGAAUCACCACAAAACUGUUAGAGAAGGUCCUGUAUUUGCUAGCAAUGAAAGUGGCCUCCUUGGGCGAUGCUCGAAGACCGUUUUUAUCGACAGUCGCUCUGCUUAUAGACCGGUCAAUGAAUCAGCAGCUCUUGAAAAAAGUCAUCACAAUAGCUCGAACGUGGGUUUUCACCAACGAGAUUUUCCCAACUGUUAAAGAAAAAGCUGCAAUUCUGACAAAGAUGCUUGCUUUCGAGGUCAGAGGAGAACCAAAGCUUUCUAGACAAUUUUAUGAAAUUAUUCUUGAACUUUUCGAGAAUAAGAGCUUCAAUAACAGUGAGAUUACGGUCAGAAUGGAGCAGCCAUUUUUGGUCGGAACUCGUGUUGAUGACAUAUACAUUCGUAAAAGACUCAUGUCAAUUCUCGAUGAGAGCCUUGAGAAGGAUAUAAGGGAAAGGCUAUACUACGUGAUCAGAGACCAAAAUUGGGAGUUCAUUGCUGACUACCCUUGGUUGAAUCAAGCCCUCCAGCUCCUAUAUGGUGCUUUUGAUAAGGAGUACACCCUUCGUUUGUUCGAUUCGUAUCAGCUGGACACUUUGGAAGCACUUGCGAGUGAAUUCUCAAUAGCUGAAAGUAUUGAAGAAUGUGAAAUGAGCUCAUUGACUUCACUCGUAGAGGGACACAAACAGUUUGCUCAGCGCUUUGAGCACAUUUUGUGCAAUGACCUGCUAGAACCUUUGAUUGAUAUUAUCUACCAAAGCCCGCAGGCUAUUCACUCUACUUGGAUAAAUGUUUUUGGCGCAGCAUACAAAUCCAUUCCCAAAAAUGAAAAGUUUGGGUUUGUGCGUUCUCUAGUGACUUUACUGUCCAAGGACUACCACGCCCGACAGCUAAACGUCAGAUCAAAUGUUGUAAGCACUUUGUUGGACUCCAUCGGCGAAAUUGAUUCUCUUGAACUUCCUCCCCAUCUGAUCAAGUACGUUGCGGGGUCCUACAAUUCGUGGUAUCAGUCGAUCAAGAUUCUUGAGGCUAUGGAAGAAAAAGCCACUCUCGAAAAUACAAAAAUCAUCGAAACAAAUGAAGACGCACUACUUGAGCUUUACAUCAACUUGCAGGAGGAGGACAUGUUUUAUGGGCUUUGGAGACGCAGAGCUAAAUAUGCAGAAACCAGCAUUGGUCUCUCUUUCGAGCAAAUCGGUUUGUGGGACAAAGCUCAGCAGCUUUACGAGGCAGCUCAGGUGAAGGCAAGAAGCGGAGCUUUGCCGUACUCUGAUUCUGAAUAUGCAGCGUGGGAAGAUAAUUGGAUUAUGUGUGCCGAAAAACUCCAACAUUGGGAUGUUCUGACAGAGUUGGCUAAACACGAAGGAUUUACAGAUCUACUUUUGGAGUGCGGCUGGAGAGUGGCCGACUGGAGUGCCGAUCGCGAAGCCUUAGAACAGUCAGUGAAAAGUGUCAUGGACGUUCCUACACCUAGAAGACAAAUUUUUGAGACGUUUUUGUCUUUACAAAACUUUGCAGAGACGAAAAAAGGAGAUCAAGAAGUGAGGAGACUGUGCGAUGAAGGAAUCCAGUUAUCGCUUCACAAAUGGGCUUCCAUGCCCGAGCGGUUCACCCCGGCCCACAAAUUUCUUUUGCAUGGAUUUCAGCAAUACAUGGAGUUCUUGGAAGCUACGCAAGUAUAUUCUAAUCUCGCCUCGACUACUGUUCAAAACCUCGAUUCUAAAGCUCAAGAAGUGAAGCGGGUUUUACAGACAUGGCGUGACCGGCUACCAAAUAUAUGGGAUGAUAUAAACAUCUGGAAUGACUUGAUUACGUGGCGCCAACACGCCUUCCAAGUCAUCAACAAUGCUUACUUGCCAUUGGUUCCAGCCUUGCAACAAGCAAGUGGUAAUAGCAAUGUAAACACACAUGCCUACCGUGGCUAUCAUGAAAUUGCUUGGGUCAUAAACAGAUUCGCUCACGUCGCCCGAAAGCACAACAUGCCUGAUGUUUGCAUCAGCCAGUUGGCGCGCAUCUAUACCUUGCCGAACAUCGAGAUCCAAGAAGCUUUCUUGAAGUUGCGGGAGCAAGCGAAAUGCCAUUACCAGAACAUGAACGAGCUAACAACAGGGUUGGACGUAAUCAGUAAUACAAACUUGGUUUACUUCGGUACUGUUCAGAAGGCAGAGUUCUUUACCUUGAAGGGUAUGUUCCUGUCUAAAUUAAGAGCACACGAUGAAGCCAACCAGGCAUUUGCUACUGCUGUACAGAUAGAUUUGAAUCUGGCGAAAGCCUGGGCUCAAUGGGGGUUUUUCAACGACCGGAGACUCUCUGAAGAACCCCAGAAUAUAAGUUUUGCCAACAAUGCCAUCAGCUGUUACCUCCAAGCUGCGGGCCUGUACAAUAACUCCAAAACGAGAAAGCUACUGUGCAGAAUACUGUGGCUGAUAGGUAUUGACGACAGCACCGGUACGCUUGCAGGGGCUUUCGAGUCAUUCCGAGGAGAAAUUCCUGUCUGGUACUGGAUCACAUUCAUUCCUCAAUUGCUGACGUCAUUGUCUCACAAAGAGGCUAAUAUGGUUCGUCAAAUCUUGAUAAGAAUUGCCAAGAGCUAUCCACAGGCAUUGCACUUCCAGCUCAGAACUACAAAAGAAGACUUCUCGGUUAUUCAACGCCAGACCAUGGUCGCGAUGGGCAACUCACGUCCACCCAACAAUAAAGCUCCCAAUCCCGUCAAUGGAACUCGUCAACCCUGGGAGUAUUUGGACGAACUGAAUGGAAUACUGAAAACAGCUUAUCCACUCUUAGCGUUGUCUCUGGAAUCGCUGGUGGAUCAAAUUAAUCAAAAGUUCAAAACGACAUCCGAUGAGGACCUCUUCAGAUUGAUUAAUGUUCUGCUGAUCGAUGCCACCUACAAUUACAACCGACUCCCACUACCAAGAGAAAACUUGCUGCUUCCAGCUAGUACGGAAACGAAUUUGAUUAGAUUCUCAGAAAACCUACUUCCGCCACACAUACGAGUCAAGUUCAACGCAGACUUUAUCGACGGAAAACCCAAUUUCGAAGAAUACAUAAAAAGGUUGCGCUACUGGCGGAAUCGCUUAGAGGCUAAACUGGACAGAGCUCCUAAGAUCGAGAACAUGGAAAAGUGGUGCCCUCACUUGAGUAAUUUCCACCAUCAAAAAUUCGAAGAUAUUGAAAUUCCUGGCCAGUAUCUAUUGAACAAGGAUAGCAACGCUCACUUCGUCAAAAUCGCGCGCUUCCUCCCUCACGUUGAGUUUGUUCGGGGAACUCAUUCUUCAUACAGGCGGCUGACGAUUCGUGGCCAUGACGGCAGUCUACACUCUUUUGCAGUUCAAUACCCUGCCGUACGGCAUUCACGGAGAGAGGAAAGAAUGUUCCAACUGUUCCGCCUAUUCAAUGAAACUCUUUCGAAGAAUGUGCAAACUCGUCGCAGAAAUAUCCAAUUCACACUUCCGAUUGCCGUACCACUGUCUCCUCAAGUUCGCAUAAUGAAUGAUAGUGCUACAGUCACAACGAUGCAUAGCAUUUAUGACAGCUACUGUGAUAAGAAGGACAUGGAUAGGAAUGCUAUCCAAGACUUUGUUUGCCAACAACUAGAUGCUGCGUACGAUAAAAUACUACCGCCCCCUGACGUCACAGCUGUGAAAGUUGAAAUUUUCAGCUCGGUACAGUCUAUCUACCUUCCUGCUACGGUUAUGAAAGAUUACUUUAUGAAGUUAUUCACACAAUUUGAAGAUUUCUGGCAUUUCCGUAAACAGUUUUCGUCUCAGUAUGCGCUGUUUGUCUUUAUGACCUACAUGCUAGCAAUCAACAAUCGCUCACCCCACAAAGUUUCGAUUGACCAGGUAUCGGGCGAUGUUUUCACCAUGGAGAUGCUUCCAGCGAGGUAUCUAUACGAGAGAGUCAAACAGACAGUUAAAAAUUUCGAGGCUAAUAUACCAGCAGACUCGCCUGUCUUUCACAACAACGAGGCCGUUCCAUUCCGGUUGACGCCAAACGUGCAGAAACUGAUUGGUGAGUCAGGUCUCGAGGGAAUCUUAUCUGUCAAUGUUUUCGUGGUAGCCCGUGCUUUACUAGAGCCCGAAAAUGAGCUUAACACUUACCUCUCUCUCUUUAUUCGUGACGAAGUCAUCUCAUGGUACAGCAAUUUACAUCGUUCUAUCGUGGAAGAUCCUCAAUUGCGCGAAAUUGUGCGUACUAACGUUGACCUUAUUACGAGGAAAACUGCACAGCUUGGUCAUUUGAGUUCGAAGCCUUCGGUGGCCACUCAAUAUGUUCUCGAUGCCAUAAGUGCUGCUGUGAGCCCAAGAAACUUGGCCAAGAUGGAUCAAAGCUUCAUGCCAUAUUUCUAG